CAACGCUUUUCUCAAUCAAUCAAAUGGUAUAUCAUAAGCAUAAAACAAAAAAGCUUGUAAAAAAAUUCAUAGGCCACCAUCACUCAUAGGCCAUAGCUCCAUUAUCCCUUUACAACGAAGAAAACAAUCAACAAAACUUAAAAAGGAAAAUAACCCUUCAAAUGAACAGAAAGGAAGAGUGAAAACUGAGGAAGAUGCUAUGAUGGAGUCAAAGCCUGUACGUUUCCUUACUCAGCAAUCUUUUUUUGAAGCUGUUCGAUCUGGGGAGCUUGAGUCUGUCAAGCAGUUGUUGGAUAAGUUGACAAAAGAUGAACCGCCAGAUGGAUCGUCAACGGUGUCUGAUCUGAUGGCAGCACAAAGUGAGUUAGGGGGGACUGGUUUGUAUAUUGCUGCGGAGAACAAUUUCCAAGAGAUUUUCAGUUACUUGCUCAAGUUCUGUGAUGUUGAGGUUGUUAAGAUCAGGUCUAAGUCUGAUAUGAACACUUUUCAUGUUGCUGCUAAAUUAGGAAACUUGGGUAUUGUGAAGGAACUUUUGGCCAUUUGGCCAGAGCUUUGCAAGUUAUGUGACUCAUCAAAUACCAGUCCCCUUUAUUCUGCAGCUGUUAAAGAUCAUUUGGAUGUGGUAAAUGCAAUAUUGAAUGCCGAUGCAAGCUGCAUAAGGAUAGUGCGCAAAAAUGGAAAGACAGCACUGCACACAGCUGCAAGGUAUGGCCUUAUUAAUACAGUAAAAGCUCUUAUAGAUUGUGAUCAAGGAAUUGUGAGCAUGAAAGAUAAGAAAGGCCAAACUGCACUCCAUAUGGCUGUGAAGGGUCAAUGUCCUGCUGUAGUAGAAGAACUUUUGCUUGCUGAUCACUCCACGCUGAAUGAACGUGACAAAAAGGAGAAUACAGCAUUGCACAUAGCUACAAGGAAAUCUCGCCCACAGAUUGUGAGCUUGUUGCUGAGCUAUAGAUCUAUCGAUGUCAACGCCAUUAAUAAUCAGCAUGAAACUGCAAUGGAUUUGGCUGAUAAACUUCAGUAUGGAGAAUCUUCGCUGGAAAUUAAUGAAGCUCUGACAGAGGCAGGAGCAAAGCAUGCUAGGUAUGUUGGCCAAGUGGAUGAAGCAAUGGAGCUUAAGAGGGCUGUCAGUGAUAUUAAGCAUGAGGUGCAUUCACAAUUUAUACAAAAUGAAAAAACAAACAGAAGAGUUUCUGGGAUUGCCAAGGAACUUAGGAAACUCCAUAGAGAAGCUGUCCAGAACACCACCAAUUCUAUUACUGUUGUUGCUGUGCUCUUUGCAUCGAUAGCUUUCUUGGCUAUCUUCAACUUGCCUGGUCAAUAUGUACAAGAAGAACCAGAUACAGGGAAGGCUAACAUAGCUGAUCAGGUAGGUUUCCGCGUGUUCUGCCUCCUGAAUGCCACAUCCCUCUUCAUAUCUUUGGCAGUUGUCGUUGUUCAGAUCACAUUGGUUGCAUGGGACACGACAGCUCAGAAACAGGUUGUAUCAGUAGUAAACAAGCUGAUGUGGGCUGCCUGUGCUUGCACUUGUGGAGCAUUUUUGUCCAUAGCUUUUGUGGUUGUGGGAAAAGGGAGUUCAUGGAUGGCUGUUACUAUAACCAUAGUGGGAGCUCCAAUUCUUGUCGGAACACUUGCGAGCAUGUGCUAUUUUGUAUUUCGACAACAUUUUGGGAUUUUUCGUAGCGAUUCUCAGAGACGAAUAAAAAGGCCAGGUGGGAGCAAGUCUUUUUCAUGGUCAUACUCAGCAAAUAUAUCAGAUGUUGAUGAUUAUAAUUCUGACCUUGAGAAGAUAUAUGCUUUGUAAACACUAUCAAGAAACAAAAUUAAGCCUGUAAAAAGCAUGGUACGGCUGCAGAAGGUCUUUGUUGUUUUUAAGUAUGGCUUUUUGUAACUAAAUGGCUGAUGAAUUCUAGAAUUCUAUAUCAAGCUGACUGUUUUGAAUCCAAUUUCUGUGUAAGAAAGAGUUGGUCAAUGCUUCCUAGUUGACAACCACAAGGCUGAUCAUAGAUUUGUGUAUAAUCAUGUAUAUGAGGAAUAGUAUCACGGACCUAAGGAUGAGUCCUGAAUCUCACAUCGAACAUAAUAGGAAGGUCACUGGGGUAUAAAAGGGUUCACACCAUCUCCGCCUUGUGAGGCGCCUUUUGUAGGACAAAACCGUGAGGCCAAGGGGGCUAGAGCGGACAAUACCUCACAAGGGUGUGAACCGUGGCGGGAAGGCUGAUUCGGGACGUCAGAAGGGUGAAUGCCCGGGUCCCGGAGCCGCGCGGGUUCGGAGCUUAAGUCUCGACCCGUGACAAGUGGUAUCAGAG